CCUAUAAGAUGGCGGCUGUGACAAGAGCUGAUUUUGCUCCAAUUCUUCUCCACAGGAAAGAGCUAAGGAGACGAGACAGGCUAGAGCCUCCUGUACAAUGGAUGCUAGACAUGACUGGCUCUUCUCUCUUUACUCCACUAGUACCAGGACCUGGUACUACAAUACUAGACAAACAGAACUAUCAAAGAUGGAAAGUUAUUUUUGGUUCUUACAAAUUCGCUCACCCAAAAAGAUCAAAAAGAAGACUCAUUGUCCUUCAACCUUUAGCAUAUACCUCUCCAGACUAUCCCAUGGCUCAAGUAGAGACAGUACUGCUGGAGUCAUUGGCUGGUUUCUGCUCAGUUUACUUCACUGGAAUGGAAGUGGUUCUUGAUCAACCUCCAUUGGAGCUGUCAGGAGUGAAGAAGAUUACUAAACGAGUUCAUCGAACGACGCAAAGAGAACAGCUGCUAGUGGGAGACGUGACUAAGUACAUGAAAUCUCAGUCUCAAAUUAAAUCAUUUUGUAUAGUCGGGAUUACACUUGUAGAUCUUUAUCCAAGUCCUAAUUGGAACUUUACUUUAGGCGAGGCUUCCUUCUCUGAUGGACUGGCCGUUUGUAGUUUUGGACGCCAUUUUAAUUCUCAGCUAGACGGAGAGAGUCCAGCUGCAUCUGAUUUAAAGAAACAGAUUAACAACAUGUGGGUAUUAAUUAGAGUAAGUUGUUAAACCAUGUAUAUGUAUC